AUGCCGGUCGAUCUUGAUUUGGGGAACUACGAAAGAUUUCUCGAUGUGACUCUAACCAAAGACAACAACAUAACCACUGGGAAGAUAUAUCAGUCUGUUCUUGACAAGGAACGAAAAGGCGACUACUUAGGGAAGACUGUUCAGGUCGUUCCACACAUCACAGAUGCAAUCAAGAACUGGAUUGAGUCAGUCUCUCUUAUUCCUGUGGAUGGAAAGGAAGACGAAGCCGAUGUUUGUGUUAUUGAGUUGGGAGGGACUGUUGGUGACAUAGAAUCAAUGCCUUUUAUGGAGGCCUUGAGACAGUUGUCAUUCUCGGUUGGGCAAGAAAAUUUCUGCCUUAUUCAUGUGAGCUUGAUUCCUGUUCUGGGUGUUGUUGGGGAGCAGAAAACAAAGCCAACCCAACACAGUGUCCGAGAACUAAGGGCUUUGGGAUUGACACCUCACUUUUUGGCGUGUCGCUCUGCUCAGCCACUACUGGAAGCUACAAAGGCAAAAUUGUCUCAGUUUUGUCAUGUUGCGGCUGCUAAUAUCCUCAAUAUCCAUGAUGUUCCAAACAUUUGGCAUGUUCCUCUCCUACUCCGAAACCAAAACGCUCAUCACUCGAUUCUCAAACAACUGAAUCUAACCAGGUAUUGUAUUUCUUGUGGUGUCCAUUGCUUCGAUGUCACAAGUGAACAGUUUAAGCGUAACACAAAAUUCCACAAAACUCAAUUGUCUUUCAGUGUUGCAACAGCACCUGAUCUGGAUAGCUGGACUACGAUGGCUGAGACUUUUGAUAACUUGACCGAUCAUAGACCAUCCCUCUGUUAUGCACAGGUUAACAUUGCUAUGGUUGGAAAGUACGUUGGUCUAACGGAUUCUUAUUUGUCAGUUGUUAAGGCCCUUCUUCAUGCCUGCAUUGCAUGUUCAUUGAAGCCACAUAUCGAAUGGAUUGCAGCUUCAGAUCUUGAAGACGAAAGCGAAAAAUCGACUCCGGAAGCACAUGCUGCUGCUUGGAAGAUUUUGAAGAGCGCAGAAUGCAUUCUGGUUCCUGGUGGUUUUGGAGAUCGUGGCGUGAGCGGAAUGGUUUUAGCAGCAAAAUACGCCAGAGAGAACAAAAUUCCUUAUCUUGGCAUCUGCUUGGGGAUGCAAAUAGCAGUAAUUGAGUUUGCCAGAACUGUUUUGGGUUUGGAAAGAGCAAAUAGCACCGAGUUCGAUGCUCAGACACCUGACCCCGUUGUUAUAUUCAUGCCAGAGGGCUCAAGAACGCAUAUGGGAAGUACUAUGAGACUAGGAUCCCGAAGAACACAUUUACAGAGCCCUGACUCUCUCACUUCAAAACUACAACCUUCUGUUACCAGAUACGGCGACGUUUGCUAUGUAGACGAAAGGCAUAGGCACCGUUACGAGGUGAAUCCAGAUGUAGCUCAAGUACUUGAAGAAGCUGGUUUAAGACUUGUGGGCAAAGAUGAUACAGGGAAACGAGUUGAGGUGAUUGAGUUUCAUGAUCAUCCCUUCUAUGUUGGAGUUCAGUUUCAUCCAGAGUUUAAGUCAAGACCCACCAGACCUUCUCCUCUGUUUCUAGGCAAGUCUUGUUCUUCUCAAUUCUCAGACACACAUUUAUGUUUUAAAACUCAUUUGGCUUUUAAUGGGAAUUUGACAGGCUUUAUAUUGGCUGCGAGUAAGCUUCUUCAGACUCAUUCAAGAAAUUAA